AUGCUUUCUAAUAACAGAAGUGCUACAGUGGUGAUACUACUUACUCUCAUCACGUUUAUUACAAUACUCAGCUCUGCAUAUAUUAGCUAUAAGGAUGUGUUUGUGUUAGGUAAACUUUAUGACUAUAGUCCCUCGGCAAACCAGGAUGAAACUACCAACCAAAAGGUUACCUGGGAGACAUACACAGAAUUAUUGAGACCUAUAGAUAUUACAAAUAGUACUACAUUAUUCAAUGCUGUAUAUGCUGCAUUAAGACAAGCAAGUUCAGAUAUACAUCCAAUUGGUCUUUCAUAUUUCCCUGCAAUGAUACCGAAGGGAACUUUAAUGUAUCAUGCGGGUGGAAAAGAUAUUCCAACUGGUCUUGAAUGGUUAGCCAUGGAUCAUGAAUUUAGUUAUAAUUUUGCUAUGCAUGGUCAACGGUAUGGUAGAAAUGCAAGUAACUUCAAUCAUCAUGGUCCACCGGGAAUUGGAAAGAAGAAGGACGAUGCUUCGUCUGAACCGCCCGAACCUCCUAAGGAGUUCAAAUGGGAUAGAAAACAUUUCUUAACCUUUAGAGCCACCAGAGAUCUAAAUAAAAUGAUUUACUUGGAUGGCGCAUCUGCAGCCAAAUCGGAGACAGGUGAGAUGGAUACCCAAAAGUUAUUAUCUGAUGUAAUUGCAUACAAGAUGGAAAAUGGAGAUGGAAAAAACGAUAAUGAUGAUGAUCAGGACAAUUCUGAUUCAGGGAAGAAAUUUGUGAUGGCGGAAAGAUUGUAUGCUGAAAGAAUAUGUAAGUGGGGUAUGCCAUUUGGUCUUGAUGGAUUUAUUAGAGUAGAAGUAGGGUUUGAAGUAGUUUUGUGUGAUUUCUUGAAUGGUAGUACUGAAUUAGUAUCUAAUAUUACAAUACCGAAUCUAAAUGAUGUAUUAGGAUUACCUGCUCCCGCUAAUGUUAGUAAGGCCACUGGUUGGCCUCUUGAUGGUGAGGGAAAACUGAUUGAGAAUGAACUUACCGAAAAACAAAGUGAAAUUAUGGAUCAAGAAGAUUAUUGGCAGUCUGUUCUAGAUGAAUAUUCCUCAAUGAGAGGGUUUGAUCAAAUUAGAGCAGGUAUCGUUCAUGAUUCUGGAGAUAAUAGAAUUCAAUUAGAUUAUAGAUAUUUAAUCACUGGGAUAAAUCGUACCCUUGGGGAUAUUAAUCCUAAUAAUCGUAGAUUAUUGAAUGAUCAUUUCAGUUUUGAACAACAACUACUAUUAGUCAAUGACCUAGAGACUUCUUUACACAAUGACGGAUUCUACCCUGAGUUGUCAACAAACUGGCAACAAGUUAUAGAUGAAAUUGUAGAUAAAUUUGCUCCUAUGAUAAAGAUGAUGGAUAAUAUUCUAAACCCUGAUCAAUCAGAGAUGACCAUUAGCCAAAUGGCACUCAAGACUACAAGAUAUACUUUAAAUUUUGUGAAUAGAUUUACAGGUAAUGACAACGCUGUCAUGAUAUCAACCAGAAACUCUGGAGAAUUUGGAUUUGGAAGACAAUUUGCUGUGUAUCAGUAUACAAGACCACUAGCAGAUUUAGUGACAGAUUCAGAUUAUUUGAUCUGGUCAUCUGCAGUCAAUGUGGUAACUGAAGUGGUCGAUACAAUAUACAAUAUACAUGAUAUGUUGAUGCCAAUUGUCACUGCAGAUCUUGGUACAAAAACUAGUGAUUAUGGUGAGGAUAAAAUCGAUGCACAAAAUGCAAUCAAGAAAUCUGGCGAACUAAUAUCUUCUUUGAUCUCAAAAUUGAACUGGAUUGCAUUGGAUUAUAAAUGCGACCGUAAAUGUGAAUGGAAUGAAAUAUGCUAUACUCCAUCAUGGGGUCCCUCUCCUAUGAGUUGGGCUCAACCGGACGAUAACUCAGCAUCGUUCGGCAUGCACUAUGAUGAAACUAUCGGGCGUAAAGUAAUAAACAAGGAAUUGAAGUGCAUAAAUGCAGAAUUCAUAAUGGAUUACAACAACAAUAGAUUAUAA